GGGUCCUAAUUCAUGUGCGACAGCAGCAACACGUUUCCAGGAUAGUCUCUGAUCUUCUUCGCAGUCUAACAUCAGGUUCCUAUUCUGUUUGACUUACAGUCAAUGUACAGCUGUCCCAGCGUUCCCCUAUACAUAAUUUUACGUCGUUUUUCCAGGAUUCUCUGUUUUCCAAACAUGGGUAAAAGAAGCAGACAGCGGCAGAAAAACCAAAGUGCUGGCGGCAGGGAUCCCAGGGACAACGCAGUAAGAUUCACACUUUCACUGUUGCAAAUCCUUUUUUUGUGACUUUUUAAAAGCCCGAUAAGGCCGCUCGUUGUCGAUAUUGAUGAAUGCGAAACAGGCUUAAUAUACAUCUUUAGCAGCUGCAUGUAGUCAUUGUGAUGUGAUAAUGUGGUCCAGAUCCUGCUUUACAGUUAGCUCCCUGUUCACUCACCUCACAUGGAUCCAUCCCUGACUUCCAUUUGCCUCUUUUAACAUCUCUUAAAACACGCUUUUCCUUUUUAUUUGGCGAGAUUGUCAGGUUUAACUACAUGCCACAAUACUGAUACUAACCAAGUCUCGGUUGUUUAGGGUUGGGAAGCUGGCUAUGCAGACAUUGUGAAGGAAAAUAAGCUGUUCGAGCACUACUACAAAGAGCAAGGUUUGGUGCCUUUAGAGGAGUUCGAACAGUUCAUGGAUGCAAUGAGAGAACCACUGCCCGCAACUAUCCGCAUCACUGGAUAUAAGAGGUGAAUUGGAGAGAUUUACACCCUGCAUUUGAGCAGGUACAAAGUGUCACAUAUAAAGUCAUGUAUUCUGAUGUAAACUUGUGUCUUUUUCUUUCUGACAAAGCAUGCACAACCUAGAAAAUGAGAGCCAGGACUUUCCUUAAUGUGUGAUAACUUGUAAAAUCUGUUCUCAAAUGUGCUCUCUCUCCUUUUUCUGAUAUUUACCAUUUAUUUUUCUUUCCUCCAUUUUAACUCUGUUGUCGCAUAAACACAAGUUAAGCCCUAAUAUUGCUUUUAUGACAAGUAUUUUGUGAUGACAAAUGUGACAGUAAUAGACUUGGAUGUAAACUUACAUCGAGAAGCAAACCCCAAACCAUGAAAAUCUGAUUCCAGCUUCAGUUUUUUUUUAAUGGGUGAUAAGAGCGGUGGUUAAAUGAACUGAAAAUCAGCUAGUUUAACUUCCAUUCCUACUGCUGUCUUUUCUGUCCUCUCAGCCAUGCCAAAGAAAUCCUCCACUGUCUCAAGGAAAAAUACUUUAAGGAUAUCCAGGAGUUAGAGAUUGAUGGACAGAAGACUGAGGCUCCGCAGCCUUUAAGCUGGUAAGAUGUCAGGAUGUCAUGUGUUUUUAUUUCAUUUUAUUCAUUAUUUCUUAAAUUUCAUUCUAUGUUACUUUGCUUUUCAAUUUUAACCUAAACCUCUUGUGUUUCCUUAUGACGUUUCCUCAGUGUGCAUAUUCCUGUUUCCACAAAAUCAAGCCUUUUUAAGUUCAUGCAUUUUAAUUCUGUUUCUGUUGCAUUUGGAUCGUGGGGUGGGAAUGACGGGUUGGGCUGGGGUACUUGUGCUACAUGGUUGUGUAUGAAAAGUGCUACAUAAAUAUAGACUGAUUGAUUGAGUGAUGAUUUACCCCUGGCUCUAAGAACUCCAAUUCUCUGAAAUCUAACUGAACUUUAUGCCCUGUCAUCUCCAGGUACCCAGAUGAGCAGGCCUGGCACACUAACAUGAGUAGGAAGAUCAUCAGGAAGUCUCCCUUGCUGGAGAAGUUCCACCAGUUUCUGGUUAGCGAGACUGAGUCGGUGAGGAAAGCACAAAAUAAAUAGAUAAUUUACUUCAAUCACUCAGUGUUUUAACAAAGACAGGAUGUCAUACUGUAAAAGGGUGAAAAGGAAAUGCUGGAAUAGAUAAGUAUAACUUUUCAUGUUUGUGCAGGGUAAUAUCAGCAGACAGGAAGCUGUCAGUAUGAUCCCCCCUCUACUCCUGAAGAUCGAGUCCCACCACAAGGUAAAGUACUGGUUAUAGGUUAAAAAUAUGGGGUCAGAGGUUAAUGAGGCAGAGCCUGUAAGCUUGUUCAGACAGCCAAUGAGCUACACUGUUACAUGCAUGACAUGUCUCUCUCUUUACCAUCAUCUGAAAACUGUACUAUCUGUGGCUGUCCACUUCAGCUGCAAGUUUCUCAUCUGUCCGUCUGCUCUGUAAAUGUCAGUACUGACUUGUACCAAUGCUGCACUGAUACAGGAGCCUGUAUGCCACUCCAAACUCUAUCUUGGAGGUUUAAGAAAAUCUCAUCACUCCCCAAAUCUUUGUAUGCUUGCUUGACAACAUAAGGUAUUAAGGUAUUACAAUUUUUCCCCUGUGUACCUCUGGCUUUGGAAACAGUUAUCUGAAAGAUAUUGUUUGGUGUGUUGAUGUAUGUUUAUGUGCAGAUCCUGGACAUGUGUGCUGCUCCUGGGUCAAAGACAGCCCAGCUGAUUGAGAUGCUCCAUUCUGACAUGGAUGUGCCCUUUCCAGGUCAGAGGGGGGGCAGCAUUCAAACCCUGUAAAGAUGCAACAUUAUCAGCUGUAACUUUGAGAAAGAUUUAUUGUUGUAAAAAUGGCAAGAACUGAAAAAGCAAUUUACUCCUGGAACCUCUUUUUGUAUCCUACAGAAAAAAAAUACAGGUUGAAUCACAUCACACAAGCAGACUUUUGAUCAAAGUUAAAAACAAUAGGAGUUGACUGCGUUGACAGCCUGACUUGACAGCAAUUUUACUAUGAUAAAAGAAUGCCAAUCUGUACGUCAAAUAGCUGUACCUGGGCUCAAUGAUGGUUUGUGCUGUGACCAGUCUUCCACCGAGAGUGCAAUGCAGCUUGAGCCGCAGACUAGCACCUUUAACAAUAUUAAUGACUGUUAAAUUGCAGAGAAAUUAACACACAGUCACUGUAAGUAACUCAAAUGUGUCCUCUGAAGUAUUCAUAAAGCACAGAAAACAUCCGUGAAUUCAACCUGGAGAAUUAAUCCUCGUAUAAGCAGCUGACUGUCUGUCUUUGUGCUUCCAUUUUAUUGGUUGUCAACUGAAAUCUCCUCCUUUACUUUUCAGAGGGCUUUGUCAUUGCCAAUGAUGUGGACAAUAAGCGCUGCUACCUGCUUGUGCACCAAGCCAAGCGUCUCAACAGCCCCUGCAUCAUGGUUGUCAACCAUGACGCCUCCUGCAUCCCCAUGCUGAAAAUCGACAAAGAUGGCAGCAAGGACAUCCUCUUCUACGACCGCAUCCUCUGCGACGUACCCUGCAGGUCCGGGAAAGGCUGAAGGAAUUUUCACACAUUAGAACACUGCAGGGGAGCUGAGAUUUAAAGACACUGUAGGAGACUUGGAUAUAGAAAGAAAUAUGGUUGAUAAGCUGAUGUUUUUGUGGUUCUACUGUAGAAGAGAUUUAUUGUGACAGAUGGAGAUAAGCCUCCCCUUUCUGGCAAGAUGCAAGAUUUUUAAAGGUCCUCCAUAAAUAGCUAUUUGUCAUGUUCUUCUCUUCGUGUUUCCCUAAUGGCUUUGUGGUUCAAACACUGUUCACCUCUUUGGACCUAGCAUCACUUUUUGGCCCAAAAAGAACUUUGAGUGUUUGCAAAUUUGGCCCGAGUUUGGCCAGCUGCAGUGCUGUAGCCAGAAGACCCUGCCAAACACAACAUAGAAGGAGAAGGGCAAGAAAAGUAGUAAUGGAAGACAGAGAGGGGGCAGGCAGGAAGCAGGGGUUGUGAGCAGUCAGCUACAGCCGAGUGUCCAGACAGUUUGUGCUUGGCAGACAUUUUUACCCUAUGAAAAGUGUCUGCUGUUUUCAGAGCCUAAAGUCAAACUGGGGAUGUUUCUCUGUCUGCUCUGUGUUCUGCAGCGGAGACGGCACCAUGAGGAAGAACAUAGAUGUGUGGAAGAAGUGGACAACCAGCAACAGCCUGCAUCUGCAUGGGUGAGUCAGGAAAGGGAAUGUGUUUGUGCUUUUGUGAUAAACUAGGAAUUCAUGCUCUCCUGUUGUUCACUAAAUUGACUAAACAACAAGGGAAUGUUUUGCAUUCUUUUGGUGCUAAUUAAAAAAAAAAAAAGUUGGCAAUAUUAGAGGGCUUGUUUUUUUUUUUUUAUGUGUGUGUGUUUGUUGUUACCAGGCUCCAGCUCCGUAUUGCAGUACGUGGUGUGGAACAGCUGGCUGUGGGUGGGAGGAUGGUCUAUUCCACCUGUUCUCUCAACCCUAUAGAAGACGAGGCCGUCAUCGCAGCGCUGCUGGAGAAGAGCGAAGGUUACACACACGCACACACGUACACAGGCUCAGUUCCAGUACCAGACAAGCUCAAUUUUGAUUUGUCUACAUUUAAUAUCAGGCUUCACAACUAUUCUAAGUAGUUUACCAGUCAUACUGUCAAAGAUGAGCGCUUGAGGAUGUAGAGUCCCACUCCGAUCUUUUCUCUUUUACUACUUAGAGUGUUCUCUGUGGUCUUUAAACGCUGAUAAUGAAGUUUUUAGCCAGUCACGCUACCUGUGUCAUUUUCAAGGGCUUUUCUUCUGCAGAGCUCCAGUAGCUCAUAAGCAAUUCACCUCUGAGUUGUGGGCUGAGACAGCACUGCUCUGCACACUCCUCCUUGAGUUAGCUUGUAGCCUAACAUUGCUGGUGUAGUAGAAGUGGCAGGUAACAUAGGAGCUAUUCAGCGUUCAGACACUAAUGUCUGUAGGGACAUGAUGAAAGCUAAUAUCAUAAUUAGCUUUCUUACGAGCAUUUCAAUCUGCUAACACACACGCUUGUUGUGUGAUUGUCCUCUCUAUUCUCCAAGCUUGGCCUGCAUAGUGGGGCUCCUGGGCGGAGCUUGGAUUGGUUACGUAGGAAAUCUCACUAUGUCUGAUCUUGUUGUUUGGGUCUGCCAGGGAUUCACAGUGAUUUGAAUGCAGAAACACUCAGAAAUGCAAUUUGCACUUCUUUUUCUCAUGACAUGUCCUCCAGUAUCAGAAAAAUACCAUAUGAACAUGUAGACAAGAAAAAACAUGAUUUUCAUCUGAAUGGGUCUUUAAUGUGGUCUUAACCACAACCUCAGCUGAAGUAAAAAAAAAAGGGCAAGUAGCUUCCUACAAACUAUUUAUUGAACCUUCCUUAUACUUGGUAUCAACAUGUGAAAUGAGUGACAGCAUCACUGGUAUUUACAGACUUAACAGGUGUAAAUACACACAGGGUUGAUUGAGGAUAUACAUCCAAUCGAUCACUGAGGAAACCUACAGGAGUAGUCAAAGACACAGUUGUUUAUGCUGAAUGUCUUUGGCCACAGUAGAGAUUACUCACUCUGUCAUAGGCUGAUGUAUCUGACUGAUUAAAUUCUUCUUCUCUCUGUCAUAUGAAAACAGACAUAUUUUAUUCCUCAUUUCACAGUAGAUGUAUUGUUUACAUUGAAAGAGUGUGCAGGAGGUACAGGAGGUUGAAUACUUUUAUUGAUAAGAGAAGUCUAAAAGUUGAGUCAGUGAGAACACAGAUGAUUUAUAGAGGAGAUAAGUGGAUGUGGUGCCCUCCUUCAUUACACUGCAUAAGACAUAUAAGAAGUAUGAACAGUUGUGCCUAAAGCUGAUUACGUGAGAUUUUCAUGGGUGCAGCACUAAAACUGGAUAAACUGAUGUGAUACCUGUCGUGGCUGGUCUUAGCCUCACUCUGCCACAAAUCCUUUCCCUAAAAGACCACUCAGAUUUUGGUGCGCUACAUUUGCUGUUCAGUUUUUUGAAAUAAUUGAUUAUCAGAAUAAAAGGCUGAUUUAUCUUUGAUGAAAUGGUAGAUAAGUGUGUUGGCUUUUUUCAGAUGAAUAUUGUGGUAUGUGUUAGAUUGUAUGAAAGCAGUCAUUUUCAUUUAAUAACCAUGGCUAUUGCUGAUUUUAGCUGAUCAGUUUUCAGAAACAUUCAGAAUGGUUUAAUAAUUGAAGUGAAAUGAGUCUCCUACUUCAAUAUUUGCAGCUCCCCUUGGAUCUUCCUGCAGAGUUACAGAGUCUUGAAGCAUAAAAUCUGAAACCAGCAUGAGGAAAUGUUUGAGUUCUGCACUGAGAAACAGUUGAAGGAGAAAAGCUUGGGAACGGAGGGGCCUUCCUGGUUCAUAAACUAGAUAGGAUGUUGUCUGGUGUGAGGCCAUGCAGGUCCUUAAAAACAAGUAAAAGAACUUUAAAAUCAAUACGAGAACUAACAGUCAGUCAGUACAAAGCUGUUACAAUAGAAGUUAUAUGUGAUCUCCUUCUGGUCUUUGUCAGCACUCAUACUGCAGCAUUUUCGAUUAACUGGUUCAUUGUAUUCUUUGGCAGACUAGAGUGGAGCCCAUUGGAUUAGUCUAGCAUGCUAGUUAUAAAAGUUAGCAUGAAUCUCUCUGUGUUGAUCACAGAGAUACAGCCUCACCUUAUAAAUAUUGUUUAGAUAGUAAGAUGCGGUUGUUACAGAGUGUACAUGUGGUUUGAAAUCACAAUCUGAAUCAAAGAGAGCACCCUAGAUUUCCUGCUUUUUGGCCUGGGUUAAGUCCAAAUUCAUUUAGUAAAGAGGUCAGUUUCUUUAUCUGAGUCUUUGAAAUAAUGACGAGUACUUGUGUUUUGUUUUGAAUGAGCUGAAAAAAGUUUGGAGCUCCAUGUUUUAGUGUCUAAAAUGCAGCUAAAAGUGAUUCAGUUGGCAUGGUGUCAUCAGAAGACAUGGACACAGUAGAGCUUAGGGUCAUCAGCAUAACUGUGGAGAGAUGCCGUGUAUCCCAGUGACACUGAACCUUACUGCAGGUCACCUUAUAAUCAGCAGGGUUCCUACACAAGUAUGGAAAGUAUUGAAAUAAAUUUGAUCAAUUUCCAGGUCUUAAAAAGUAUUGCAAAUGAAAAAUGUUUCCAGACUAUUACUACAGUUCUAAUGUACUGUUUUCUAAAAUAGAAAAGUAGGUAUUUCCAAAAAUAAUUUUAAAAAUUAUGGAAAAGUAUGUCAAUUCCAACUGUGUAGGAACCCUGAAUCAGGAGUGAUCUAAUUUAAUAUUAAAAAUGAUCUUUCACAAAGAUAAUAGGUAAGCUAUUUUCAAAAAUGACCAUACAGGCUAAAAUGCUCACCUGAUCUGUCUUAAAGAGUUUGUUGGAAUCUGAACACUGGUGUUAUUUGUUAAAGUCAUGUUCUUUGAUUUAAUAUUAGCAAUGGCAUCAAGCUCUGUUUUCACAUAAUUUCACAGGCUGAUGGUUGGACAGGAUUUUUGUUUGUUGCUGUGCGUGAUUUGAGAGCUGUGGAUACAUUUCCUCAGGGUUUGUCUGUAGUAGUUGGAAGGGAGUAAUCACAAUGGUUAAAAAACAGUCCAAGAGUAGAUGAUGUUGCACUGAUGUUCAGGCUGCGUAAUAUAACUAAAUCAAAGCUGUGCUCAGUGUUUGUGAGUAACUUAAUGUGCUGUUUAAAAACCAAACAUUUGAACAACUCUAAAAUUUCUGGCUGUGUUUUUUGACGUAUUAUCAUCAAUCAUGUAAUUAUUCUAAAUUCUCAUGGAAAUUGGUACAGUAAAACAUAAUCUCUGGAGUUUUUUGCCAAGUCAUAACGUCAUUCCUGUUGGCUUUGUCAGGAGCGCUGGAGCUGGCAGACAGCUCAGCUGAUCUACCAGGACUGAAGUGGAUGCCUGGGGUCACUUCCUGGAAGGUACUGGAACAUUUAGUCUUUGGCAGCUGCUCCAAGAAUCAGCCUCAAAACUGUGUUUUAGUCAUGACAGCACCUUAACUUUGCAGUCAGACAGAAUCUUGUGGGUUGAUGUAAGUUGCUUUGAUUGAAUUUCAAAUAAAAGACAUUUUAUUUGUUUUUUUUCUUCAGCUGAUGACCAAAGAGGGUCAGUGGUUCUCUGACUGGUCUGAGGUUCCGAGCAGUCGGCACACACAGAUCCGCCCCACCAUGUUCCCGCCAACAGACAAAGAGAGACUUGCGAGCAUGCAUCUGGAGAGAUGGUACGCACAGCACACAAAGCUUUUGUAGUAAAAUGAGGACCACUCAGUUUGAUUUUAUGUUCUUAUUGUACAAAUCUAACCCCCGAAAAGUACUUUUACAUACAGCCAGCCCGAUUUAAUGAUGUCCUGUAAAGGCUCUGUGGCCAAAGAAAAUAGAAGCAGUAAGAGCAAGAAGCUUCUUCCAAACCCCCCAUGAGUGUGAAGAUUAUCAUAAGGUGUCCUGUAAGCACCCACAUGGUGGUCUGUCUUUGCAGAUUCCGGAUUCAUCAGCUGGGCUCGGUUUGAUUUAUUGUCUCGGCUCAGCUUCAGCCACACGCAUGCAACGAUGCGUACCCAUGUGCAUACCUGCACUCUUACGUAGUGGGAGGAUGAUGUCAUCUCCACUCGGCAGCUUUAACCUCAGCACAAAGACUGAUACACUACUGGCCAGCAGAGGGAGCUAUUGUCAUACAGUUUUUGAGGCCCCCUUUUCAUGUAAUGCCACCAAAGCUUUCUCACAGUAGGAGGCAUCGUCAAGUCAAAGCAAUGAUAUGUUUGUGUGUAUUUUAAUGUCAGCAUGAGGAUUCUGCCGCAUCACCAGAACACUGGGGGCUUCUUUGUGGCUGUACUGGUGAAGAAGGCGCCGAUGCCGUGGAAUAAAAGAUAUCCCAAGGUACUUCCUCUCAAAAACACACCCAUACAAACACACACACACACACUCUUAAUGGAUGAUUAGAUCAUCAGUUGUACUUGAAGUGGUAACUGGAGCAGAAUUCCCCCAUGUGGGUUUGCAGUGUGUCUGUAAAACCACGAGCACGCCCCCCCACUCCCCCACACACACACUCAAGUCUACUUGCAUCCUUAUUUAGUUUUACAAACCACAGCUGGGACUUCUCCUUUCCCCCCGUCUGCUCAUCCACCUCUCUGUCAUCCCCAGCUGAGGAAGGACAUGUCGUCCAUCUCAGAGACCAGAGCUGGAGGCCCUGCAGCAGCCUCGUCCCCUGUAGACACUCCUUGCCCCCCGGAGACAACCGUGGAGGGGAAGGGAGGGGAAGAGGAGGAGGGAGAGGGAUCAGGGGAGAAAGUAGAGGAGGCGUCCAAAGAAGCUUCUUCAGCCCCGGAGACUACUACUAAACAAGAGGGAGUGUGUGGGUGAGUCAUUUGUCUUGGUGAGCCAAUAAGCAGAUGAAUGACGUAGCUCCAUAUCAAUAUACAUAUACAGUGCUUUGUAUUAAAAAAUAGUCACUGAAUCAAGAAACAAACCUUUAGAAAACGCAGAUUUCAGGCUGUCAUUUUUUUUAAAGUUCUGUAAUACGUCAAUAAUCAAUAUGAACGUUUGUCUUCAAUGAGGGUGCUAUCAUACUCUUAAUAUGCUGAUUAUAUUUUAUGAUAUUUAUGACGUUAUAAUGUAAAAAAAAAAAAAAGAAGAGAGUAAGAUGAAAAAUGUAUGAGCUGAAUAACUGACUCCUGUUUAUCUGUAUCCCUCACAGCCCUCCACCCACCAAGAAGAUGAAGCUCUUCGGUUAUAAAGAAGACCCCUUUGUGUUCCUCACAGAAGACGACCCUGUCUUCACCAGCAUACAGUGAGUCCCUCAAUGUGCUUUGGUAGUGGUACUCAGACUUCUUUAUUUUUAUUAGCAGAGUCAAACAGUUUGUGUUUCUUUUGUUCUCUAGAUCUUUCUAUGAUAUGUCGCCCGACUUCCCCAAGCUCAACGUUCUGACCAGGACCCACGAAGGCAAGAAGAGACACUUGUACAUGGUGUCAAAGGAGCUCCGUAAUGUGCUUCUCAACAACAGCGAACGCAUGAAGGUGUGUGGUGUGUACUUGUGUGUGUACCUUUUGGAACAGGGUUUGCAUCAUUUCACACAUUGAGGUCAGCUGUAAUGACGGUGAUGUAACACCUACCUUUUAUAUAAGAAAAAUAAUUUGGUUGGAUUGAACUUCAGGCAGAGAGUACUCAAUGUACCGAGGUAGAGCCACUAACAUAUGGGACUAGAUUUAAAGCCCACCGGUUCUCUUUGCUGUGUGUUUUUAUCACUUUAAGAAGAAAAGAACGGACAUGGAAAAAUCCAUUAACACUAAUGUCCGUAAUGCAUCCAAAUACAAAUGCUCCAUACAGUCAAGAUUGAUGCAACAGUUCCUUGUUAGUGUAUUAUUGUGUACAUUUAUCUGCCCAGCAUAGAAAAACAGCCUAACAGAUGGGACCCUCUUCCACUUAAAAUCCCUGUAGUCCUACUACACCCCGCAGCACCUGCACAGGUGGUACUGUGCAUGUGUUUUGGUUUGUGCGCUUCACUGUCUUUGUUUUCCUUUCACUUUAAAUCCCUUUCUGUCAGGUUCAACCACAAUGAAGUGGAUUUCUUCAUAAUUAUAACAGCUUUUGGGUUUGAUGAUCGAAACACAAAACUCAGUUCUCCUUUCUUGUUGAAGUUUGUCAAGGUUCACAAAUGAAUUGGAAACCCUGUCAAUGGAAAAUUUCUGCAGUUGUUGCUAAUGCCGUCUCUGUUAUUUGGGAGAAGCCUAUGGCAAAGCGGCAAAGACUUGGACAUUCGUUGAUUUGGUUGACAGUAUUUAUUUGAACACAGAUUUAACAUCAGCAUGAACAACUGGAGCAACAUUUCUUUGAAUAGAUAUUAAAACUGUUCAGUUGUUCACACAUGUUUGCAUUCUUGUGCAGUAUUCACUUAUAAAUUAGUCAUGUUAAGGUCAUUUAACUUGCUCCACUUCCCAAGGUUGUUGAGGAGCUCAACAUGCAUAUUUAUUUGCAGGUUUGGUUUUAUUUUACUAUGCAAAUCACUGACAGUUGCCUCCUACUCCUGUUGGGACACUUAAAAGCUGCUGAAUUGUGUUUGCCGACAGUUUUGUAUUAUGUUGUUCAGUAGAUGCCUUAAGCAAGGCAGUUUAGUCAGCGUUAGUAAUUACUUAAAAAAAUAAAACAGCGGUGAUGCUGCAAAACAUCAAACAACAAUAAUGACUCCUAGACCUUGAUUUGAAGUACCCUUGAUUUGUUUUCCGCAGUGAUUAAUUAGUGCGGGGAAAUUCUGUUGAAUUUAUCUUUUAUUUAGAUUUUGUCGUUUGUGUAAAGAGCCUAAUUUUUUGUGGGUAAUCUUUUGUUCCUCAGGUGAUCAACACUGGAGUUAAAGUGUGGUCUCGCAACAGCGAUGGAGAGGAGUUUGGCUGCGCCUUCAGGCUAGCUCAGGAGGUAAAAGUCACACUCGCACAGCGCAGUCACUCACUUGAAUGCCACUUUCAUCCUAACACACUCUUCAGAGGAAGUAAAUAAGAAAAGCAGGACUUUUAAUAAUCAAAAGCUGUUUCUUAAUCAAACAUUUUCCUCAUGCCUUAACUCCACUUAAACAAACGUGAACAGUCCUUGACACCCCCUUGAGAGAUGAAUGUUGCUGACUGCUUGCUUCUCUAGUGAUACACAGCGGUCUACGUCUCCAUAAACAAACCUCAACCAAAAGCCACUCUAUAGCCACAAAUAAUGCUCAGAACAGCACCUAACUUCAUCAACACUCACCCACUCUCCUCCAGCAGCCGCUUGAUUAAGGGGGAGCCCUGACGAGUCAAUCACCGAGUGCAGCAGAAAAUUUAUGAUUAUUGUUUCAUGGAAAUGCAAUCAGACCAAGACGCUAAAUCAGAAGAACUACCAUGUCUGCAAGUGCACAUACAAGAAACACAAGAAAUCUGAUUGCAUUUCCAUGAAGUAAUGAUCAUAAAUGUUCUUCCUUGAGCUGCGAAACUCCGCUGCACUCGGUGAUCGACUUGUAAGGGCUCCCCCACAAAGAGUAGCUUUAGAGUAGUGACUAUAGAGUAGCUUUUGGUUGAGGUUUGCGCAUGGAGACGUAGACCGCUGUGUAUCGCUAUCAUGCAGUCGUGGCUGAAGUUGGUAUCACUAGAGAAGCAAGCAGUCGGCAACAUUCAUCUCUAGAGGGGGUGUCUAUCUAACUCACUGUUAUGGUGUGUUUGACCAUAACUCAAAUUUAAGCAGAAAUGUCCCUUUAAGUCAGUCUCACCAACAUAACUGUGUUUGCUCUGGAGGCUUGAUCUUGGCUCAGCAAUAAGGGAGCCGCCCAGCAGAGGUCCCACUCAAAAAGGAGAACUAGUGGGGUUUAUUGUAUGUAAAAGCUCUAGCAGUCUGCAGGUUGUCAACCUCAUGUUCUUUCUUUCCUGUCAGGGUAUUUACACUCUCCAGCCGUACAUCCGCUCCAGGAUAAUCAGAGUGAGUGUGGAGGACAUCAAAGUGCUGUUGACCCAGGAGAACCCCUUCCUCAGCAAACUGGGGGACGAUGCUCACUCUCAAGCCAAGAAAAUGGGUACACAGACUGAAGACUCUCAUUGCAAAAAUAAGAGAUGUAUUCCACAUAAUUAGCCUUUCACAAAAGCAAACCUUAGUCAUUUUAUAGUUACUGACUCCAGAUGAUACUCACAGGUAAGCAGCAUGAUUGUUAGAGAAGUGGAUAUUGAGUUGAAGGUUUCCAGUUCUGUUGGCAUAAAAUGAAAGAGCGGAAUGAAUGAGUAAUGCUUUGUCUUCCUCAACAGUAGUGUUGAGCUGCCCUUGAGCAAGGUAUUGACCUAGAAACUCUGGAGAAGAGCUCAGCUUUUUUAGAAAAAGGAAACUGUGGUUACACAGUUUCGUCAUCAGGGAUGAAUACAAAUAACAGAGCACGCGGGCGUAUCCAGCAUCAAAAUAGGUUCAGUGAUUAUAGUUUGAUUCCUGUAGUAAUUAAUGUAUUAUUCUCUCGACAGUUAUGGGGAGCAUUGUGUUGAAGUACAUUCCCAACCCAAAGUAAGUUGAAAAUAUUGUCUUUCACAUGCAUAUUAUCGGAUUUUUGAAGGAAUGUCCUGGUUUGAAGCCAUUUGUGACACCUGCUAUUCCACCUCUCUUUGUCAGUAACCCAGCAGAGCCCCAGUGUCCCAUCCAGCUGUGUGGCUGGAGGGGAAAAACGUCCAUCAGAGCCUUCGUACCGCGUAACGAGAGGUUUCAUUACCUCCGAAUGUUAGGUGUAGAGGUCUUUAGAGACAAACAGGGCCUUGGGCAGAAACAAAGGGAGGACGGAAAGGAGGGGAAGGAGGAUGUAGUGGACGAGGUGGAAAAGGACGGACAGGAAGGAGGAACAGUAGAAAAUGAAGUCAAUCUGGACAUGAAGAACGGAAAUGAAAAUGAAAAUGAAUCUUCACCCAAGAUGGACACGAGCAGCCAGGUGACUAGUGGCUGAACACAUUGAGGAAAAGUUGGAGGGAAUGAUUGACUGAACGAGAGCUCUGAGAGCUGAUGAACAGGUCCAAGACCACACCAUGAUGAACAGGAGAGUGAUGUGCCUGUACUGAUCCCUGUAUUUCAACACACUGACGAUGCAGAAGGAUUCCCCUUUAGAAAAGGACUUUAAUGGAAUCUCAAAUAGUUUGAUCGUCUCUGGGAAUCAGCUUUCAGUUAGAAAGGGUUGUGUUAUUUUCUUAAGUUUUUUAUUUGAAAGUGUUUUAAUACGUUUAUUUCACUUAUCAGUAGACCUCAAUCCUCUUUUAGUUGCUCAUGUUUUGAGGGGUCUAUGUCAGUUGUCAUUUUAUUUUCUACACCUGCUACGAUGGAGAAAUACAAAAUUGAUUAAAGCUUUUGAAAGUCAGUUGU